AAAUCUACUAAAACUGACUUUUUAAACGAAAUAGUCACCUGUUAUUAUGAAAUCGUUACAGAAAUGCCUGACACGUCGACUUGUGGGUUCAUAUAAAAUGUAUUAAACGUCAGAUCACGUUUAUUAGGUCAGAUUUUAAGGAAGUGAUGAAGUCUCCGGUUUGUGUAUCCUGGAUCCGGAUGACGUCGGUGAACGGAACAGGUGCGCACGUUCAGUCCGCGUCGAGAGCUCUGAUUGGUUGAGAGACGCUCGAGUGUAUCCUGAUUGGCUGAGCGGUCAUGGGGCGUGUCCACAGGUGAGUGCUGCGCUUCUAGCGUACAGGGAAGUGAACAGUUCAACAGACAAACAUCUCACACUGGACGUCAUUAUACAUUUAUAAACUGGCAGAUGUGGUAUUAUUAGCAGGGAGGAAUGACCACACUGACCAAGAGGAACCGGCGCGCUGAGGCUCCAGCGGAGCGAUGGAGUAAUGCUGAGGAGAAGGAGGAGAAAACAGACGGCACGGAUGAGGAACAGGACACCGACUCCAAAUCACUGAGACUCACUCUGAUGGAGGAGAUUCUGCUCCUGGGGCUCAAAGAUAAAGAGGGCUACACAUCGUUCUGGAACGACAGCAUCUCGUCAGGCCUGCGCGGCUGCAUUCUGAUAGAGCUGGCUCUGAGAGGACGCAUUCAGCUCGAGCCGCAGAGCUCACGCAAGAGGAAACUACUGGACCGCAAGGUGCUGGUGAAGUCCUCGGCUCCCACCGGUGACGUGCUGCUGGAUGAAGCACUGAAACACAUCAAGAACACAGAACCACCGGAGGAUGUGUCCAGCUGGAUCGAGCUGCUCACAGGCGAGACGUGGAACCCCUUAAAGCUGCACUUCCAGAUGCGUAACGUGCGCGAGCGUCUGGCCAAGAGUCUGGUGGAGAAGGGUGUCCUGAGCACGGAGAAGCAGAACUUCCUGCUGUUCGACAUGACCACACACCCGCUGACGGACAGCAGUGAGAAGCAGCGUCUGGUGCAGCGUCUGCAGGACAGUCUUCUGGAGCGCUGGACCAACGACUGGCGCCGCAUGAGCCGCCGCAUGCUAGCGCUGAUCCUGCUAGCGCACGCCGCAGACGUGCUGGAGAACACACUGUCCUCGCUGAGCGACGAGCGCUACGACACCGCUAGCACACGCUCACGCAGCCUGCUGGAGGCCGACCCCGACCUAGAGAGUGCAAAGGUCACGACCCCCGCCGAGGAGAUGAUCUGGACCGUGCUGGCAGCCUUCAACAGAUCCUGAGAGAGCGCCCUUCAUAGACAGCAUCCACGCUCCCUACAGAGACAGCAGGAGCAUCAGCGUUCAGAGCCUGUCCUCACAUAAUCAUAGACAUGUUCACGCUGCAGGCGCUUCAGACUGUUGCUCUUUCUUCAUUACAUCUUGGGACUUACAUAUUUUUAGUUUGAGUAAUUUUAGUACUUCAUCUUCAGCUUAUUUCAUUUCAGUUAGUUGCCAAUUUUAUUUUACAAUUUUUAUUUUUAUUUCAAUUAACAACAAUAGUUGUAAUUAACAACAACACUAAUGAUCUGAAUUCAAAAUUUAUAUUAAUUUCAGA